UAGUGAGGGAGAGAGAAGGGAUGAAGGGCACUUUACUACUUUUUUAUGUUGCACGCAUCCAUGGCAGACCUCUGAAGGCAAAAAUAGAUUUCUUCAAGAAGAGAAGAAAGAAGAAAAUUUUCACCAAAAAAACAGAGAAAAACAUCAUCUUUCAUCACUCUCAUCAACCCCAACUAGCCCAAUUGAUUCAGAGGAAGAAGAAGAAGGAGCUUAGAGCUUCUUAGCUGAACAAAGGGUUGUGUCUGUAAAUCUGCGUUUUUGCAUAUACACAUAUAUAGAUAUAUAAAGGCGCAUGCUUUGGUGUAUAUUUGUACAGAAAGGAGUUUCUCCAUUGUUCAUGCAGUUCAAGAACUGGGUUUAAGAAAGUUUGGGUGAUUUUUAAUUUAUUUUUCCAAAUUUGUGGGAUUUGUGUGGUGGGGGUGGGGGGUUGUGAAGCUGGGGAAGAAGGGGAGACUGGGUUUAGAUGAAGGGGAUGCCCUUUCCCUUUGAAUUUGAGAGGAAGGGGGUGUUAGAAUUGGGAACUGUUUUGGGUCAUCGGAAUCAUAGUAAUUGUGUUUCUGGGAUUCCUGGGAAUAGUGUUUUAGGAGGUUUUUGGAAUAAGGAUUGUGUUGUGGGGAGUCCGGGUGGGAGUAAUAGUGAGCCCACGUCUGUUCUGGAUAGGCCUCUUGCGUCCUCUUCAACGCUGUCUUCUUCUUGCGGCGGCGGCGGCGGCGGUGGUGGUGGUUCGACGGACACGGCCAGGGUGGCGGCGGUUUCUGGUAACCCGGCGUCGAAAUGGCAGCAAGACAACACCACUGCCACGAGUUCUAAUGCGGGGGGAGGUGAAUCGGAGCUUCUGCAGCCUGUUCCGCCGUCUCUUGAGUUCGGCGGCGCCGCCGCGCCGGAGAAAUGUGGGAUGGAGGAGUGGGACAGUGUGUUGUCGGAGUCUGUGGCGGCGUCUCCGAGCCAGGAGCCGCUGCUCCGGUGGAUCAUGGGGGAUGUGGAUGACCCCUCCAUGGCUAACUUGAACAAGGUGUUGCAGGUUAGUGGGCCCGGCGAGUACGACUUUAACGGCGGUUUUGACCCGGCGGUGGAUCAAGGGUUUGGAGGAGUUUCCGGCGAGAGUUUCAUCCCCAUCUCCGGCUCAAAUUUCCCGGCGAACAGACUCCCCGUCCCCAACCCGCCGCCUCCCCUCCCGGGCUUCAAAUUCCCCGCGGGGCACCCGCAACAACCCCCGCCGCUGUUCCCUUCCGUCUCUAACAACCUCGGCGCCGCCGCAUUCAACCCGGCGCUCCUGGAAACCGCAGAUCUGAAGCCACAAAUAUUCAAUCCCCAACUCUUGAUCAACCAGCACCCCCAGAACCCAUCGUUCCUCAUGCCAUUGCCGUACUCCCGGCAGGAGCAGAGCCUCCUGGCUCCGCCGCAGGCGAAGCGGCACAACCCCGGCGGGAAUCUUGAACCCCCGGGCCCUCAGAUCCCCAGACCGCUAUUCUCCGAUCAACAACAACAACUGCUCCCCCACCAGCUCCAAUUACUCCCAAAUUAUCUCCACCCGCCGCCGCAGCAACGGCCCAAACCGCCGGAGAUGGCCGGAGAAGAAAUGGGGCAUUUCCAUCAACACCAGCAAGCAAUAAUCGACCAGCUUUUCAAGACGGCGGAGCUGGUCCAGUCCGGGAACCCUAUACUCGCGCAAGGGAUAUUGGCGCGGCUCAAUCACCACCUCUCUCCAAUCGGGAAGCCUUUCCAAAGAGCAGCUUUCUAUUGCAAAGAAUCUCUGCAAUUACUCCUCCAAAAUGCCACCAAUAACAUGAACCCUAACCCUAACCCUCCAUCAUCCUCGGUGCCAUUUAGCCUUAUUUUCAAGAUUGGUGCCUACAAAUCCUUCUCCGAGAUCUCCCCCAUCUCGCCCUUUGCCAAUUUCACCUGCAACCAAGCCCUGCUCGAGGCCUUGGACGGGUUCGAUCGGAUUCGCAUUGUGGAUUUCGAUAUCGGGUAUGGAGGCCAAUGGGCUUCUCUAAUGCAAGAGCUCGCCUUGAGGAGUGGAGGCUCCCCUAGCCUCAAGAUCACCGUUUUAGCCUUGCCCGCAAUGCACGAUCAGCUCGAACUCGGGCUCACACGGGAGAAUUUGAUCCAUUUCGCUAGCGAGAUCAAUAUGGCGUUCGAGUUUGAGAUUUUGAGCAUCGAUUCGUUGAACUCAACUUCGUGGUCACUCCCACUUCAUAUCUCGGAUAACGAAGCGAUUGCUGUUAAUCUCCCCGUUGGUUGCUUCACCACCUACCAACUAUCGCACCCUUUGGUGCUUCGUUUCGUUAAGCAGUUGAUGCCCAAGAUUGUGGUUUCUGUAGACCGAGUUUGUGAUCGGACCGACCUCCUAUUCCCCAACCACGUAAUCCACGCCCUUCAGUACUAUGCCAACCUUCUCGAGUCUCUCGAUGCUGUGAAUGUGAACUUCGAUGCCCUGCAGAAGAUCGAGAGGUUCUUGCUCCAUCCCGGGAUCGAGAGAAUCAUAAUGGGCCGUUAUCGUUCCCCCGAGAAAACACAGCACUGGAGGACUCUGUUCCUAUCGUCUGGAUUCUCCCCAUUGACUUUCAGCAAUUUCACCGAGUCUCAAGCCGAGUGUGUGGUGAAAAGAACUCCGGUCCGAGGGUUCCAUGUCGAGAAGAGACAAUCUUCUCUCGUUCUUUGCUGGCAGCGGAAGGAGCUUAUCUCGGUUUCAGCUUGGAGGUGCUGAUCGAAGAAGAGCAGACCCGUUCGAUAUUUAAUCCCGUUCCUGAUUAUGAAGGUGUCAUAAUUCACUGUUUUAGUAUCUGAACAUUUUCGAUUUUCUUUUCUUGCCUAUAGAUUUUAUUCGCUAAUUGUCUUUUGUGGCCUAGUCAGAUUGUUUCAAAGUAAGGAAAAUAUCAAGACAUUUUGGUAACUCGUUCUAGUAUAGGGUUUAUCUAUUAUUAUUAUGUUGAAUGCGGUAUUACUUUCAUGAUGCUCAAUGAUUUUCAGGAAGAAGGCAUCAGUUUACGUUGGUUCUAAUUGUGUUUGGGAAAUCUGUUGUAACAGUACAAAACCAGAAAUGAAAAACGAACAAUUUAACACUUUGACUGGUGCUCUUGUCUUAUGUCAAAUGAUGUUUUUGCUGA